UUGAAAGAAGAGUACCUAAGUAGGUAGGCACCGGGUACCAGUGACUUUUGAGUCCAUAUUAUGCGAAUGUGAUGCAGGUACAGAUACCGGAAUGGCCACUGUCGGGACGAGGACGUUGCGACACUCAGUGCUCUCCACGGAAAGGAUGUCGGUACCUACCUAAGUAGAUCGUUGAGGAGACAGUGCGCUUAGUAUGGUACCACCAUAAGCGCUUGCUGCCAUCAUGGACAACUUCGCUCCUUGUUCGACAAAUUCGAGCAUUUUAUGCCACUCAAACGGCACAUGUCGUACCUAGGAACGAUGGAUGGUAACUGCAAUGCCGUGAGUCUGUGCUCUUCGAGCUUCAUGGCUGAGCAGGCACCCAAGGAUCCGCAGUAUCUCUAGUCCGGAGAUUCGGAAAUAUACAAACUCCGAGCUGACCCGAAGUUCAAACACGCGGCGAUAUUUCAAAGCAUAUAGCGAAGCGCCCUCACACGACAACCUGAGCCCUUCUAUGCCCGGCCAUCCACGCCGGUGGAACUACAGCAAAUGCUCCUCUCCCCUCAAUGAAUUCUUCUGAUUCUGAGAGCGAGCCACGGAUGGCCGGAGAAACCCGGAAACGUAUCCUCAAAGCCAACAAGGCGUGUGCGCCCUGCCGUGCCCGCAAGGUCAAGUGCGAUGCCGCCGUGGUUGGCCUCCCAUGCAGUAGUUGUAUCAGCAGGCAGUGUGCCAACGACUGUGUCCUGCAUGUUCGUAAGGCUCGAACUAGGAAAAGAAUACAUGUCUCACCAACUCCUAACCAUACUACAGGAGUUCUGGCUACACCCAACAGUAGCCAGCUAGACAAUCUCCGUCAAUCUAGCCCGCCAAGCCGGUCAAAACAGCCACAACAAUCGAAUCGAGCUUCUCCCGCGGGUCCCCUUGACUGCCAAACCCCAGGGCAGACCGGGGCAGAUUUGCUCUACCUCAAUAUCCUAAACGACGCCGUGAAAGACGCCACAGAAUCCAGUCGACACCACACCUCUUCCAGCACCCCUUGUGGUUCAAUGCCAGAAGACAGCUCAAUGCCCCAGAACUGUUUGUGGACUAGGCCAACCGAAUUGGAUGACAUUGACAAUGAAUAUCUUCUCAAGAAGGGUGUCUUUGAUCUACCUCCUCGGUACCACUUGGAUGCUCUCGUUAAGACAUACUUUGACCACGUCCACCCUUUUGCUCCCUUAAUCAACAGAGCUGAUUUCAUCCGCCGCUAUCAAUCCGGCAACUGUUCCUUGUUCCUGCUCCACGUCAUAUUGACUCCAGCCAGCCUCCAUGCGCCAGCAGAUGUGCUAUCCGCCUGUGGCUUCGCCAGUCGCUCGGCCGCGCAAGAGUCAUUCUUCUCCAAGGCCAAGCUUCUCCACGACUUCGGCGCAAAAGAUGACCCGUUGUUAAUGCUGCAAGGAUCUAUCAUUUUGUCAAUGGUGAUACUCGACCAUCCCACCGACCGGGACUUUGGCUAUUGGUUCCACAACGCCGUCCGUCUUGCCACUAAGCUUGACCUACGCAAUGUCUGUGUUAGAGAAGACAAGCCUGACAAAGUCUUAAAGUUGUACAGAAGGAUCUGGUGGACUCUGUACUCUAUAGACAUUUUCCACGUCUUUGUCAAUACCCGACACUCCCGAUUGCUCGAAAAUACGCCCACGAUCAAGCCUAGGACGGAAGAUGACUGGGAAGCGGAGGAUCUUUCGGGAGCAUUAUCUGACUUGCUAUCAAAGGUUACGCCUCAGCAAAAAGCGUUGCCGGUUGUCCACUGCGAGUUGUCUCGAAUCUUUGGACAGUGUUUAUCCAUUGUGACAAACCAGCCGCAGCAAGACCCUCGCCAAAUGAUGCAGCCACUGGAUAAAUGGCGCGAGUCUCUCGCUGCCAAGAUGCACCUAAGUGGAAACACUGGAACUGACAUUUACUAUCUGAACAUACAAGCCAUGAGCUACAGAUUUGAGUGUAUCCUGUGUCGGCUGAUACGACGCUGUUUCCAGCAGUCCGGUCGUACGGAGUGGAGCGAGUGGGCCAAACAGCGGCUGCGGACCGCUAUUCUGGAGUUGGACACGAUUGCCAUGAGGAUUUUGGCGAGUGGUACUCUUCAGGACUUUCCCGUCCCUUUCGUAACCACAAUGACUGCACUGCUGGCUCUACAUAUCGAAUCAGCCCUCGAUACAGCCGAGACAGAUCUUGUCCGAUCCAUGGCUCGGAUAUCCAUCAGCCAGGCAAUGCUUCUUCUCACCCAGGGAAAAGAAAUACCCGCGCUGAAAAGAGCUCUGCCGGUGUUUGAGGAGAUUCUUGCCAAGAACAAUCUGUACAUGGUUCCGAGUCCGCCCAAUACUCUCAAUCAUGUUCAGGUAUCUGCGUCGUCGCAGCCACAUAGCAGCAGCAUGACAGAUGCGUGUGGCUCGACGCACACGCAGAGCAGCGUAAUUCCGCCUCAGUUGGAGCAGCCCGAGAACAAUAAUCCGUUCUUCGAUGUGGACUUCUUGGGAUUCGAUUUCUUGGACGACUGGCAGAUUGGGCAAGUGGAUUUUACUGGAUGAUCUUCAAAACGGUUUCCUCUGAACGGUAGCUUCAAGCCACAUCGAAUCUAGGACAAUAUCGGGAUCUAUCAGUACAUGCAGGGAAGUUGUCGAUUCAUCCUUUCGCCAAAUCUAUGCAGCCACUUUUGUCCCGUUUGGUUCACCUGCAGUCAUCACGGCGUGGUGGCGAUGCACUAUCUCCAGCAUCUUUGCUGCUUCGGAAGUAUACUUGCACUUGGUGCGUAUCCGCCGACCAUACUUGUGGAACAGAAAUGGGAAAGGCAGGCACCCAAGCGCCAGGAAUGCCGGAAUGGAGCUCGCCCAUUGAUCUCCAAGGUUGUCGUACAUUUGGGUGGUAAAUAGGGGAAAUGCUGUCGCGAACAAGGACCGAAGCACCGAGUUGGCCGCCAGCACCGAAGCAGCAUAGAUGACAUCUGGACACAGGUAAGCAUUAACAUAUCGUUGCAGAAUAUCACGAAACAAGGAUCGAAACGUACAAGAAUCAACCAGAUAGCCUAUCAGCGAGAUGAAGACCAUGACCAGUCCACAGGAAAAGAGCAUGCCACCGAUAACUGGCACGAUCCAGUGCACCGAUGGAUACGUCGUCCACGCAAACAGAAACAAACCUAUCGGAAGGACAAUGGAGCCUACCAUGGCCGAUCCCAAUCUGGCUUCUGGCUCGACUGAGCGUCCCUCCGCCUCGGCCUCUGCACAUAGGCUCUCAUAGCGCUUGCUGUCCACGCCAGCCCCCAGCAUGGCAAGAAAGACACCAAUGGCAACGCCAACAAACGGAAGCCCAGCGAUGCCUUGGCUCCAGCCUCGAGUGACUUGGAAGACGAUGGGAAAGCCGGCAAAGAACAUGUACAAUGUGCCAUAGAUGAUGGAGAUGUAUAUCGACGUCAGCAAGACAAGUGGUUCGCUGAACAUCAAAAUCCAGGGACGCGUGAAAGUGACGGAGAGCUCCUGAGAGACCGUUUUGGGCGGCUGUGCCGCAUCCAGGCGGGACAUGUAUACGUCUCCUGUCAUGCGGGAAAGGGCCUUGGCUCGACGUCGCAAGAUGAACGGCGCGUAUGUUUCACGGGUGACCAGCGCCGUGGCAAUGCCGACCACACCGCCCAGUAUGGCGACCAAUCCGAGGAUCCAGCGCCAGCCCUGGGUUUCGUUGAGAAACCCACCGACAAUGGGUCCUGCACAGGGGUAAAAAUCAGCAAGGUACCGGGAACAACAAAUGGCAAGCACAUAGCAUGGAAGAAAGCACACGAACAACUUGAAAACUGGGACAUACCAAACGCAGGCCCCAGAAAGCAAGCCGCAACAAAUAACCCCAUCGGCAACCCGCGCUCCGCCUUGCUGAACAUAUCGGCAACGACACCGCCGUUAUUCGUCAUGGACGACGAUCCGAACGCGCUCGCAAAAAACCGAAGAAUCAGCAAGGCUGUGAUGUUGUCCACACACGCCGCUGCCACACUGAAGGCCGUAUACGCCGUGUACGAUAUGACGUACACAGAUUUGCGCCCAUAUACCUCGGACAGAGGUGCCCAGAUCAGCGGGCCAAGGGCGAACCCUAACACAAAUAGCGACAAGCCCAGCGUAGCCACCUCGUUGGACACGUCGAAGUGCUGCAUGACUCCUGGGAUGCCACUGGCGUACACUGAGCUGGCAAAGGUCACUGCGAAUGUUGACAGCGACUGGAGAACCGCAAUGGCCCAUUUUCGUCCCUUGGAGGAAUUCAAGGCGUCGAGUCGGUCGUGGUCUAGGUAUUCGACGAUAUAAGGGUUUUCAGUCGUGCCGCGGCCGGUGGAACUGUCGUUGCAGACAUCGACAUCGUCGAGGUCAGUGCCGGGGAGGAUCAGGGAUCGGAUACGGGAUAUGUGUCGGGACGAGUUGUGCACUCGUUCAGGGGCGUUCUUAUUCGAGACAGCGGGCUCGGAAACUUGUAAGACGGUCAUGAUGGCUGCGAACGGGGCGUGGAGAACAGGAAGAAUAACGAGGGAACUUUCUCAUGCUUGGACAUGUUACCUUACCACAGUGAGUGAGUAGAAGAGCGGUUAUAUACCUGUAAUACAUAUCUAUCGGCAAUAUGGGAUUUCGGAGUUUCAGCGUGGCAGAACA